AUGGCCGCCCUUCGCGCAGCUAGCCGUGCUUUGCCUUUGCGCAGCGCUACGGCGCCUCGCGCCCUCGCCCGUGGCUACGCUACGGUCUCCGAGGAGGUGCCUGACAUUGACCCCAAGCUCUUCUCCAAGAAGGUCGACAUGUCCCCGAUGGAAAAGGGCAAGGAGUUCUGGACCAACUACAAGCGCAUCGAUGACAACUUGAAGGUCGUCCGCUCUCGGUGAGUUUGAAAUUCAUCGAUGUGAAAGUUCUUCGAGUCGAGAAGAAGGAGGUCAAGCGGCCUACAGCAGCUCUCAAAUUUGCGCCUUUCGCUGGCUUGGAAAGCGCAUAAUUGGUCCGAUGGCAAGGCUAACAUUUGUGAACACCUUAUCUUUGUAGCCUAAACCGCCCCCUCACUUUGUCUGAAAAGAUUGUCUAUGGCCACUUGGAUGACCCUCACGGCCAGGACAUCAACCGAGGCGUGUCUUACCUGAAGCUCCGUCCGGACGUGAGUCUGCCUUUCGGAGCCUGGAAUUUCAUUUGAUGUUCAAUAUGCUGAAAUUUUCUGUUUCAUUUACUACCCCUGCAGCGAGUCGCAUGCCAGGAUGCCACCGCUCAAAUGGCCCUGUUGCAGUUCAUGUCCGCUGGUCUUCCCACAGUUGCUGUCCCCACCACUGUCCACUGUGACCACUUGAUCGAGGCGCAAGUCGGAGGUGUCAAGGAUCUGGCCCGCGCAAAGGACAUCAACAAGGAGGUGUACGACUUCUUGGCGACCUGCACUGCCAAGUACGGCAUUGGUUUCUGGCGCCCGGGCAGUGGUAUCAUUCACCAAAUCAUUCUCGAGAACUACGCAUUCCCUGGUGGUCUCAUGAUCGGAACUGACUCCCACACACCCAACGCUGGUGGUCUCGGUAUGAUUGCUUGCGGUGUCGGUGGUGCGGACGCCGUCGAUGUGAUGGCCGACAUCCCUUGGGAGCUCAAGUGCCCCAAGGUUGUGGGUGUUGAGCUCAAGGGCAAGCUGAGCGGCUGGAGUGCACCCAAGGGUGAGUUGCGAGUGCAAGCGCAUCAGAUGGAAUCGCAUCGACCUCAUGUCCACUCUGCCGUUCUUCCGCCACAGACAUUAUCCUGAAGGUUGCCGGUGAAUUGACUGUCAAGGGUGGAACCGGUGCGAUCAUCGAGUACAAAGGCCCAGGUGUCGAGAGCCUGAGCGCCACUGGUAUGGGCACAAUCUGCAACAUGGGUGCCGAGAUUGGUGCUACUACCUCCGUCUUCCCCUUCAACGAGCGCAUGGCUGCCUACUUGAGGGCAACUCGUCGUCCAGAGCUCGCGGAGCUGGCCCAAGGCUUCCAAAAGAACCUCUUGCCGGACCAAGGCGCCGAGUACGAUCGUCACCUCGAAAUUGUCAGUGUGGACACCUCACUGACAGCGGUGGUUUGCCAAACAGCUGACGAUCUGCUUGCACUCCCUCUUGGUCGCAGAACCUUUCUGAUCUCGAGCCCCACAUCAACGGCCCCUUCACUCCUGAUCUUGCGACUCCCCUGUCCAAGUUCGCUGCAGCUGUCAAGGAGAACAACUGGCCCGAAGAACUCAAGGUUUCCCUGAUCGGCUCAUGCACCAACUCCUCUUACGAAGACAUGAGCAGGUCUGCCUCGAUCGCCGAGGAGGCAGCCGCUCACGGUCUCAAGGUCAAGUCCCAAUUCACGAUCACUCCUGGAUCUGAGCAGAUUCGUGCUACUAUUGAGCGUGACGGACAAAUGCAAACCCUCAGCGAUGCAGGAGGUGUUGUGCUUGCCAACGCAUGCGGUCCUUGCAUUGGUCAAUGGGACAGGCAAGACGUCAAGAAGGGCGAGAAGAACUCAAUCAUCACCAGCUACAACAGAAACUUUACCGGCCGUAACGACGCCAACCCCGCUACCCACGCAUUCGUCGCAUCCCCAGACCUUGUCACCGCCAUGGCUUUUGCAGGAUCCCUAACCUUCAACCCUUUGACCGACUCGCUCAAGGGCGCUGACGGCAAGGAGUUCAAAUUCUCUGACCCCACCGGUAAAGAGCUGCCACCUCGCGGCUACGACCCGGGAGAGGAGACCUUCCAGGCUCCUCCCGAGGACCGCGCUUCCGUUGAAGUGGCCAUCGACCCCAAGUCUGACCGUCUGCAAUUCUUGGACGCAUUCGCCCCUUGGGAUGGAAAGGACCCUGAGGGCCUGCCCGUCUUGAUCAAAGCCAAGGGAAAGUGCACAACCGACCACAUCUCGGCUGGUGGACCUUGGCUCAAGUACCGUGGCCACUUGCAGAACAUCUCCAACAACUGCUUGAUCGGUGCCAUCAAUGCCGCCAACGACAAGGCAAACGAGGUUCAAAACCUCAAGACUGGCGAGUGGGGCCCUGUUCCUGCCACCGCCGCGUACUACCGUGACACCUUGAAGAAGCCUUGGGUCGUCAUUGGUGACUCCAACUACGGAGAAGGCAGCUCCCGUGAGCACGCCGCGCUUGAGCCCCGUUACCUUGGAGGUUACGCUGUCAUCACAAGAUCUUUCGCCCGUAUCCACGAGACCAAUUGCAAGAAGCAAGGUCUCCUGCCCUUGACCUUCAAGAACGAGGCUGACUACGACAAGGUUCAGCCCGAGGACCACGUCGACUUGAAGGGCGUGAAGGAGCUCGCCGAGGGCUCCACCAUCACCCUUGUUGCUCAUCACAAGGACGGCAGCGUCGAUGAGAUCCCUCUCGUCCACUCCUUCAACCCUGGUCAAAUCGAAUGGUUCAAGGCAGGGUCCGCACUCAACUUGAUGGCUGCCAAGGCAAAGGCACGCGCUAGCGCGUAA